ACGUCAUCAACAGCGCGCCGACAUAUCACGCAUGCGUGUGACCAAGCAAAUUUCAAACUGGACGGCGGGUUGAGUUGCGACCUGGAAAGAAAAAAAGAAAGGUUCAUUGUCGAGUAUUUAACCAAAGGUGUAAGAAAAUGACCAGUUCGUUGAAAGGGAUUACUCUUAAAGGAAGCGCGGAGCUGGUGGCUGAGUUCUUUUCGUUCGGCAUCAACAGUAUCCUGUACCAGCGGGGCAUUUAUCCUCCAGAGACAUUCACUAGAGUCACCCAUUAUGACAUGAGCCUUCAACUUACCACUGAUCCCAAACUGAAGAACUACCUGACAAAUGUGGUGUCUCAACUCAAAGAGUGGCUGUUUGAGUGCACAGUUCAGAAGCUGGUGUUGGUGAUCACGUGUUUGGAAACAAACGAGGUGCUGGAGAGAUGGCAGUUUGACAUCGAGUGUGACAAGACGGCCAAGGAGAGCAGUGCUCCCAGAGAAAAGUCCAUUAAGACCAUUCAAGAUGAGAUCCGCUCUGUUAUCAGACAGAUAACAGCCACGGUUACCUUCCUGCCCCUGCUGGAGACGCCAUGUGCAUUUGACCUCCUCGUCUACACGGACAAAGACCUGGUGAUUCCUGAAAAGUGGGAAGAAUCUGGACCGCAGAUCAUCGACCAAUCGGAAGAAGUGCGUUUACGCUCCUUCACCACUUCUAUCCACAAGGUGAACAGCAUGGUGGCGUACAAGAGGACCGAAUCAGUUUAAAGUUCUAAAUCAUGAUCCCACCUCCAUCUCAUGAGAUGGGUAUAGCACCAACCACUACCCCUUAGAGAAAACAAUAGAUCUUAAACUGCCUUGUCCAGCUUCACUCUAUUGUCUAUAUCUCUGUCCAAAUCUUGUACACUGAAGACCCAGUGUUCCCCCUGCCUUCCAUUUUUGAACUUUCCCUGUCUUUUUGUGAAGGAUGUUGUGGCAAGCUGAGCUGUCUUCAACUGAUGUAAAUAUUUCUCUUAAGCAGUGAUUGUCUAUUAGGACCAACUGUCUCUUUGUUACUGUAUUUCUGUACUUCUCUCAAGAUGUCAACCUCUGUUUUAGAAGCUAGUAGUUUAUAUGUUAAACUUUUAUAAAAUGUCAAACAUCUGUCACAAAGGGUUUUUUUUAGGAGUUUACUACUUUUGACCAGUAGGUGGCAGUGCAACAUAAAUUCACUGGUUGGUUUUGAGUGAAUCUGUAUGGGCUUGCUAAAAUAAUUCAUAAUGGUACUGUGUAAGAGUAGAUUUUCUCAUCAGCAGUACACACUUGCAAGUCCUUUAUCCAAAAAGAAAAAAAAAAAAAAGGAACUCAUUGAUGUCAUGCUCUCUUACAUACAUAAAUCAAAUCACAAAAGGAAUCAGAAUUCUCCAAAAGAAUCCAGAGACUGAAUGA